AUGGAACUGACGGCGAGAGCAGGCCGCAUUACCGCUCUGGAAGUCCCGCUACGCAAGGACUGGAAGAUCGGCACCGAAUUUCUCGGAAUAGCUUCAUCGUUAGGGAAGAAGAAGAAGAAGAAGAAGAAGAAGAAGAAGAAGAAGAAGAAGAAGAAGAAGAAGAAGAAGAAGAAGAAGAAGAAGAAGAAAAAGAAAAAGAAAUAA